GCGGACGGCGCGUCCCUGGCGGCGGGACCAGCAGGCGCCCCGCGGAUGCGCCCGCGGCGCCCGGAGCAGCCAUCGGGCCUCCGGGGGAGCCCCCGAGCGCCCGCCCCGACCAGGCUGCCCAGAUGCGGGCGCCACUCUGCCUGCUGCUGCUCGUCGCGCACGCGGUGGACACGCUUCCCCUGAACCGAAGGAAGAAGCAAGUGGGCACUGGUCUGGGUGGCAACUGCACAGGCUGUGUCAUCUGCUCAGAAGAAAAUGGCUGUUCCACCUGCCAGCAGAGGCUCUUCCUAUUCAUCCGCCGGGAAGGUAUCCGCCAGUACGGCAAGUGUGUGCAUGACUGUCCCCCUGGCUACUUCGGCGUCCGCGGCCAGGAGGUCAACAGGUGCAAAAAAUGUGGGGCCACGUGCGAGAGCUGCUUCAGCCAGGACUUCUGCAUCCAGUGCAAGAGGCGGUUUUACCUGUAUAAGGGGAAGUGUCUGCCCACCUGCCCGCUGGGCACUGCGGCCCAGCCCAGCACACGGGAGUGCCAGGAAGAAUGUGAGCUGGGCCCCUGGGGCAGCUGGAGCCCCUGCAUGCAUAACGGAAAGACCUGUGGUUCUGCCUGGGGCCUGGAGACCCGAGUGCGAGUGCGGGAGACCGGCAGGGCUGGGCGGGAGGAGGCACCAACCUGCCAGGUGCUGUCCGAGUCAAGGAAGUGUCCCAUCCAGAGGCCAUGCCCAGCAGAUGCAGAGAAGAACCCCAGCCAGAAGAAGGGCCGGAGAGACCGGCGCCCGCGCAAGGACAGGAAGCUGGACCGCACGCUGGACGUGAGGCCCCGCCCGCCUGCGGCCUGAGGAGCACCUGCACCCCCGCCCGC